AUGGCGUUGGAUUGGCCAUAUACUGAGGAAACCGGACGACAAUAUAGCAAAACAAUCGAUCCAUGGAAUCCCCAGGGUAAUAGACGCGUUGAAAGACCAAAGACAACUUGGAGUUCAUCAAUUUUGAAGGAGGCUCGGUCUCAAGAUAAGAUGGCUUCCGAUGAAAAAAGUUGUUGCACGAAAGAUUCAACAGAAUCUUCACAUCCAUUUGGCGUGGAUGAUAUUUUGAAAAGUAUUGGAGAGUUUGGAAAGUUUCAGCGCUUAAUAUACCUAUGCAUUUUCUGUAUCGUGAUAUUCGCCUCAAUAAUAUCGCAGGGAUUUAUUUUUACCGCUAGCAGUGUCAUUUAUAGGUGUCGAAUUUUAGAAUGUGACGUAUUAGAAAAUUCAUAUGAAAAAUCAUGGACGAAGUUUUCUAUACCAAAAACUACGAGUGGUCAGCUCGAUAAGUGUCAUCGGUAUAAGUCGUCUAAUUUAACUACUGGAUACGGACAGAAUGUUUGUAAUGCUGAAAACUUUGAUCAAGGCUUUGAUGCUAAUUGUGGUGAAGAUUUCAUUUUCCGGGACAAAGAAGUAACCAUCUCGAAUGAUUUCAAAAUCUUUUGUUCAGACGAAUGGAAACUCGCUAUGGUUGGAACUACCAAUAAUUUAGGAAAGUUUUUUGGAAUCCCUUUGGGUGGAUAUGUUUCUGAUAGGUACGGCCGACGUUUUGUAUUGAAGUAUGGAUCAUUAAUUAGUGCCGUUUUGGGAAGUGUCCAAUCCUUUUCACCAAACUACUACAUUUUCGUCAUAUUAGGAUUUCUUGAUAAUUUAUUCGGUUCCAUUCUCUACACGACUGUCUAUAUUCUUGGCUUAGAAAUUGUUGGCCCAAGAGUCCGAGUCCUAACUUGCUCUCUAAUUUCAAUGUGUGGAGGAAUCGGGGGUUUUCUGCUUGCUUUGACAGCCAAAAACUUUCGUAAUUGGCGUUUGAUUCAGCGAAUAUUUUACUUCCCUGCUUUUGGAUUUAUAGCACUACCAUGGAUAAUACCAGAAAGUUUUCGAUGGUUACUUUCUCAGGGAGAAGAAGUAAAAGCUGUGGAAGUUCUUAAAACAAUUGCAAGAACUAACAAACGCAAACUUUCCGAAUCGUGUGUUGAAAAAUUGCUCAAAAUGUAUUUUGGAUUGAACUUGAAUGUAGCUUUACUCGGUGGAAACAAAUACAACAGUUACAUGUUCGUGAGUUUGAUUGAGAUCCCCGGAAUGUUAUUGCCAUUUCUGACCAUGGAUCGAUAUGGAAGACGAAGAUCUUUAUUUGGAUUCAUGGUCUUCAGUGGAAUUUGUAUUAUUGCAAUGACUUACGUGAACUCAGAAUUUGUCAAUCUUAAACUGGUGCUGUAUCUUCUCGGAAAGAUGACUAUCUCUGCAUCAUUUCAGACUCUGUACUUUUUCACAUCGGAAAUAUUCCCAACUAGUGUUCGAAAUAGUCUGUUGUCAUUUUGUUCGAUGGUUGGAAGAUUAGGCUCUAUGGCAGCACCACUUACACCGUUGAUGUCAAACUACUAUGCAUCAGCACCUCAAAUUCUAUUUGCCAGCUGUGCUAUUUUGUCGGGAUCAAUGGCUCUAUUUCUUCCGGAAACGAAAAAUAGUGUUUUACCAACGACUUUGGAAGAAGCCAAAAAGAUUGGACAAAAAGAAACGAAUAUUGAACAAGAAACCGAAGAAAAACUCUUGGAGGCAAAAGCUUAA